ACUGAGUUCCACCCGGAAGCCAAAAUCGUGAAUGCUAACCAGUCGUGUAGCAAAGCAAGCCGCACCGGUUUUCUGUUACGGCAGGUCAUUUCAAAAAGUUUACCUGAUUCCCAAGGAUCUGCGUGACAGCUUCCGCGUUGUUUUCGCGCGACCGAGUUGACGGCACUUCACGGGUCUGAUGCGGUGAAAAUGAGAGGAAGGUUGUUGUUAUUGUGACCACACUCUGUGUUGCCAUGGAGAAGCCCUUGAGGUUGUGGGGCUCAGUAGAGCGCUGUGCUCUCACUUUAGUCUCCUGGUCCUGGGGCGCCUGCCGUGUCUCCCUGCUGGCUCUGAUCCUAACCUACCACCUGUAUGGCGGUUUCAUCCUCCUGGCUCUCAUCCUUGUGUCCGUGGCGGGAAUCCUCUACAAAUUCCAAGACGCGCUGCUCUACUUCCCCGACCAGCCGUCGUCGUCACGCCUCUACGUCCCCGUGCCGACAGGAAUCCCUCACGAAAACGUGUAUAUCCGCACGAAAGACGGUGUAAAGCUCAACCUGAUCCUGCUGCGCUUCACGGGCGGGGACGCGCCUCCCGGAGUCGCGGGCGCCAAUGUGAGCGGGCCCGCGUCCUCGGCGCCGCCCACCAUUCUCUACUUCCACGGCAACGCGGGCAAUAUUGGCCACAGGGUGCCCAAUGCGCUGCUGAUGCUGGUCAACCUGAAGGCCAACGUCGUACUCGUGGACUACCGCGGCUACGGGAAGAGUGACGGCGAGCCCGGCGAGGAGGGCCUCUACCUGGACGCAGAGGCAACGCUGGACUACGUGAUGACCCGGCCCGAUUUGGACAAGACCAAAGUGAUACUGUUCGGCCGCUCGCUCGGGGGCGCCGUGGUCAUCCGCUUGGCGUCGACUAAUCCGCACCGCGUGGCGGCCAUUAUGGUGGAAAACACAUUCCUCAGCAUCCCACACAUGGCGACGACGCUCUUCUCCUUUCUGCCCAUGCGCCUGCUGCCCCUGUGGUGCUACAGGAAUAAGUUCCUGUCCUAUCGGCAGGUGGCGCUAUGCCGCAUGCCCUCGUUGUUCGUCUCCGGCCUGUCGGACCAGCUCAUACCGCCGGUCAUGAUGAAGCAACUGUACGAAAUGUCACCGUCACGGACUAAACGCCUGGCCAUCUUCCCCGAGGGCACGCACAACGACACGUGGCAGUGCCAGGGCUACUUUGCCGCCUUGGAGCAGUUUGUUUGUGAGCUCCUCAAGAGCCACGCCCACGAGGAGAGCGUGCAGACAUCUGCGAGUGUCACCAUCAUCUGAGGGCACUUUUUUUUUACUCUUAUUUAAUUUCCCCCUCAAUCUGUAAAUCGGUUUUGUUCAGGGAGCGGAAACAUACCUUUGUCUUGUGUUCCAGCCACGAAUGCAUUCGUUUGUGACUCUUAAUACGGAGUUUCCCAACCUUUCAUAAGUCAGGGGAUAUAGUCUUGAUUUGAAUAAAAUCCCAAGGGACAGCACAUAACAAAAACACAUUCUCCCAUUUAGUUGAAGAGCAUUUAAUUAUUCUGUGCUGGCACAGACAGCAACACAUCAUUAAUACAAAUAAAUACUAUUCGGACCAAUGUGGUGAAAAUUGAAUAAUUUCUAGUGACUCAUAAAAAAGGCCGCAGCACUCUGGUUGGGGAUCACUGUCUUAAUAAAUGAGGUCACGAGUGAAUGAUCAUGCGGGCCGAAACGUAUUUCAGCUGCUGACGUAAUCUGUGGUCAUGUGAUUAUGGAGCGGCAACGACAUGGCAACUCUUUAGUCCAUCCCACAAGACGUGACAUCUGACUGUAACACGAGGGCUGAACGAUUUUGCAUUUUUUUUUUCUCAUCGAAAUCGUGGCUCCAGAUGAUGUGAUCACAGUAUCGUCAAAGCUUCGUUUUUUUGUUUUUGUCUGUAUGAGAGAGCGAGAGCUGCAACCUGAAUCAUUGGUUUUAUUAAACAAUAAAAAUAUGAAAAUAUAACAAAUGAACAGCUGAUUUUUUGCUUUUCUUUUUAUGAGUCAUACGUCUAAUUUUUCAAAUUCCCACGGUGUGUAGCAGCAAACUACAGUUUCUUGCCUCAAAACAUUUUCAGCGGGGCAAUUUCGAAACUUUGUAUUUUCGAAUGUCUUAGCAAAGCUAAAUUGAAUGAAAUAAAAAAAAAAAGACAGGAGACUGUAAAUUGAGAAUAUUUAUUGUACGGACUCAAAACUCAAGACCAAAAAAAAAAAACCCAGCAUUAAUAUGAUAAAUAUUUUCCACAAUAUUAAUAUACUUUUAAGCUUAUAGGCCACUGCUGGCUGACGUAUGCCCCAACGGAAUAGAAAUCAUUUAAAAAAUGAUGGAUGAUACGAUGUAAAUUGCGUCGAUGGAAAUGGUAAUGUACAUAGUGAAAAUUGCCCUGAAGUUUUAUUUUGGGAAACAAAAAUAUGGUGAAAUGACUUUGCAAUUCAAUCUUUUCCUGAAAUCGUUCAGCCCUAUGUCACAAUAAAUCAUGCACAUUCAUGUAAAUACAACUUCAUUAUUUCAUGACCAUCCUCCUAAUGAUAUUUUGAGUUUGAUGCCAAGGAAAACAACACGGGGCGUUAGGGCCAACAUGGAGGAACAUAGUGACACAAAAAAAACAUCCAAAUUGUUUUUUUUGUGAAUUUUUCCCUGAAAAAGUUGUCUGUCAUCGCGAGUGUGACUGAUUGUCUUUAUUUGCCCUGCGAUGGACUUGCGACCAAGCCACGGUGCCCCAGCACACGCACUAACAUAGUUUCUUGAAGAAAAAAAAAAAAACAACCACAAGAAAACUUGAAAUGAUACAACUUUCAACAUUUUGAAAAAUACAUUCAAAUAUUCCACUGAAUUGUUCUUUCUUUGAAUUGAAACCUUCCAAUUAUGGGGGCGUGUCCUUUUCUGUGUGGCCCUAAUACUCCUCUGUCAAGUCGCAGAAUGAAAAUGUCAUCUCUUUAAGAUUUGGAUUCAUCAUCACUUUUAUUUAUUUAUUUAUUUUGAAGUAUUGUGUUUGUCAGAACUACAGUAUAUCCAUCCACUGGAAUAGCAAUUGGAAUCCAGGCUAUGAUGGACUCGUGUGUGUAUUUCAACAGACAAGUGGACGCAUGCGUUAUUAAGAAUCCAUCUUUUGUGUUUUGAGGUUCUUGUUACCCUCCCACAAUAUGUGCCAAAAUGGCUUUACUCCUUUGGGGGAAGGGGGCUGUUAAUGAGCUAAUUAACCUUUCCCCCCCGAUGUCUUCCGGGAGGGGGGGGGGGGGGUCUGGCGGAGUUUGAUGAUUUAAAAACCACAUUGUCUGCCCUUGCUUGAAAAAGUGCAGAACAAUGAAACCAUUUGAGUACGGCACACAAGCGGAGCUCUUCAGCCAUAUUUGGUACUACAGUUUUGUAAAGCCAAAUGAGAAGAGUUGCUAUGAAUGUAAUUGUUUGUGUUUGAUAAGCUGUGUGGGCUUCUCUUUGUUUGUUGAUCUUCCCCACCAUGGCAUCGCGAGCUGAGGUUUCUUCGAUUAUCUCUGACAUGUUGACACUGCGCUUCAUGGAACACGUUUGCUUUUGUUUUCUUUCAGCGUGAAACCAGUUUGCAUACUUGGCUUUUGCAAAUUGAAAGGAUUGGGGUUCUCUCAAAGUCACCUGCGUGAUUAAAAGCUGCAAAGCCAGUCGGAAUGCGUUUGUUUUUAUAAAUGUUUGCGUAAAUGGCGACUGCAUCAUGAAUCGGGAUUCACUGAUGGAAUUGUUCAAGAGUGCACGUGUGUGUGUUGCUUUCAGGAACUGGCAUGUGAUUGUUUCUGUAACAAACUUGCACUGUAUUGACUUUUUUUGUAUCAAGACUUGACAAAUAUACAUUUUCCUAAGCGGACAUGCGAAUGAAUCGUCUUCAUCCUCAAGUCAAUGAAUGACCACCUUUCCUCCCACUUUCACCAUUUCUGAAUUUGUAUCCACUCAUCGCUUUUGUAAGCACCUCUUUUCACUUUGUGUAUCCUGUGCUGUAACAUGCAAUAAAAUUGAUACAUGAGUCCUUG